AUUUUCCACACUGGACACAACAAAAUAAAAUGCAUAGAUGUUUCCAAUCGUAAGCUGUAACAAACAAAAUGUUUGUGUAUUCUUUUUUCACAACAGCCCCUACUGGCCAUCUGUUCUAUUUAGUUUGAAAAGCUCAAUCGAGUCCAGAUCAUCAAAACAUUUCUGGUUUUUUUUAUGCUAAGGUUUUUCUUUAGUUUCAAAUUUUUUGCUAAAUGUUUCUUGUGCAGAUGAAAAUCAACCAUUUUCUCCCUGCCGACAUGCGUAGGACGUUGGCAAGCUAAUGAGCCCAAAGCACAAGUUCUACUCGGCUAGCUUAUGUAAGGUAGUAAGGGUUUGUUAAUGCUUUUGAGUGAGGCUGGUGCUGAUAGCUGGUUCAGGAUUCAGUUACCGGGGUCAGACAGCUGAGCGUCAGCAAGAAAAAAAAUGCCUCACGUUUGUUUGGAGGCUCCUUUGUCCGAGGCCACGCCCUCUCACCCUCUUCCUGCCCUCCUCUCGGCCUUAUUUAGCCCCCGCUGUGUCACAUAGGGGUCAGGGUGAGCACGCAGAUGCUCGAAGCAACCUAAGAGUGGACACACACACACACACAGAGUGAUGCAGAGAGAUUGUAAUAGCAUGGCAGAGUGCAUCAUAGAUGGAAGUGCCUGGAAGGACCUGCUUCUCAUUCUGUGGACCUCAUUAGCAGCUGAUUUAUCUCCCCCUCCUUCCUCCUAAUGCUCUGGGUGGGUGGACCUCUGUGUGUGUGUGUGUGUGUACGAUUGGAUUAAAUGUGUGGAUUUCAGUGUGUGUUUGUGUAAGAAACACGAAGAGAGAGAGAGACUAGGGCUGGUUCACCAUCAGUCCACUCGAUCAGAGUUAAAAAAAAAUGUUGUGGACGAUCACAGUCAUUUUUAAGCACACUCAAACACACACAUGCUUAUUAACCAUGCCGUGCUCUGCGCCGCUGUUAUCCAUUUAGCAAAAUUUUGUGUUGUCUUGCAGUAAUCUGCUCAAACCCCUGGUGAUCCUAUUAUUGUUAAAGAAAAGUGCUUGUACGUCGCAGCUCAGAGAAGCUACAUUCUGGGGUCUUUUUUAGCCUGAAAUAAUGUGGGGGAAAAAAGUUCCCAUCUAAAUAAAUUAUUGCACUUCAAUCAUUUUAUAUUCAAAGUGUUGUAUUCAUGAGUCUGAAACGUUUGAAUAAUCACCUUCUAGUAAAUAAUAUGAACGCAGCCUGUUUUGUGUUUUAAAAAAAAAAAAUCUGUAAAGGCAUUUCUGGAGCUGAAGUUGCAGCCGUGCCACUAAUUUGACUGUAACUUUGCCCUAAAUAUUUCAUGGACUCCUGGGAAAUUAGUGUCUCAGGAGGAGCAACAUCUUUUUUUUUUUUUUUUUCACUUUUACCUGUUUCCCUCUACCUCACAGUCUCAGGGGACCAGUCAGAGUAGAAGGAACAGUGGGGAGGAAUAGUUUAUGUGGUGUAACUCCACUUUAAGUUAAAAAAAAGAAGGAACUAUUCAAUUAAGAGUAAAAAUGUAAUAUAUUUCUUGAUUUCCUUAACUUGACUAUUUUAGAUGUAGUUUCUCUCCUAAAACAAGUGCAUAAGACAAAACUCAAAGCUACAUCUUACCAUCCAGUGCAGAGUCUUCUCCCAGUUGAUUUUCCUGGACAUACUGCAGUAUAUUGUUGGCACCUUUAAGACAAAAGCACAAACUUUUAAGCAUUAUGUGAAGAACUUUCCACAAAAUGCUAAAAUCACACUUCCUCUUACCCUCCUCUGUUGUUUGGUUUCCAGAUGUGAAGAACCUGGAGAACUUUCACCUUGUAGAAAGCGUCCAGGAGCAGGUCAACGCGGCGCUGCUGGACUACGUCAUGUGCAACUACCCGCAGCAAACGGACAAGUUCGGCCAGCUGCUGCUGCGGCUGCCUGAGAUCCGAGCCAUCAGCCUGCAGGCUGAGGAAUACCUUUACUACAAACACCUGAACGGCGACGUGCCCUGCAACAACCUGCUCAUUGAAAUGCUCCACGCCAAGAGAGCUUAGGAGGAGGACUGCGCUAACCACAGUGCAGCAGUAUGGACUUCAGUGGAGUGAUUCUGCAGCCCCUCACAAACUGUAAAAAAAAA